ACUUCAUGAGAUUUAAACUUUUAAAAUUGGGAGGGAUCGGAAGCCGGUUGGCGUGUGAGAGGUUUUCUCACUCUAGGGAGAUUCUUCAAGCAAUCACUAUGUCAACAGACACAGGUGUUUCCCUUCCUUCAUAUGAGGAAGAUCAGGGAUCAAAACUUAUUCGAAAAGCUAAAGAGGCACCAUUCGUACCUGUUGGAAUAGCGGGUUUUGCAGGAAUUGUUGCAUAUGGAUUAUACAAACUGAAGAGCAGGGGAAAUACUAAAAUGUCCAUUCAUCUGAUCCACAUGCGUGUGGCAGCCCAAGGCUUUGUUGUAGGAGCAAUGACUGUUGGUAUGGGCUAUUCCAUGUAUCGGGAAUUCUGGGCAACACCUAAGCCGUAGAAGAAGAGAUGCUGUCUUGGUCUUGUUGGAGGAGCUUGCUUUAGUUAGACGUCUUAUUAUUAAAGUUACCUAUUGUUGG